UAUUUAAAUAAUAUCCUUAUUUAUUUUAAGAUUUUUAUAGAGUAUAAAAAAUAUAUAAAAAAAGUAUUAAAUAUACUAUACGAAUAUAAAUUCUCUAUUAAUAUAGAGAAAAGCGAAUUCUAUGUAAGGGAAACCGUAUUUUUUAAAUAUUUAAUUUUAGAGAACGAAAUUAGAAUAGAACUAAAUAAAAUAAAAGUUAUACGGAAUUGGCUUAUACCUAAGAAUGCAAUUAAAGUCUACGGAUUUUUAGGGUUUAUUAAUUUUUACUAUAUACUCAUACGGGACUAUAGGAAGAUUGUUAAUUUAUUAUACGAAUUUACUAGGAAGGAG